CUUUGUUGAAUCGACCAAUCUUGCUAAACUUGUGCUAAAUCCAAACCCACCAACUGUAGGUGGGAUUCUUUAAUGCCGGCAAUAAUUCAUAAACUUUCCCUUUCAAUUGUUUUAGGGAUUUGAGUGGAUACUAUAGUACUUAUUACAGUUAUUUCUACUAACUAUUUUGUGGGGCUUUUUUUUAUGGUAUCGUAUUAUAUCUACCUUAAUUAAAUGUGCAAAGUGCCUUUUUUUCUUGAGAUUUUGCUUAAACCAUGGAAUUUGAGUGUUAAAAUCUGUAAAAUUUGAGGUGGGUUUUGUUUCAAUUUUUGGCAUUUCCACAUUUUUCUAUUUGGGUUUGCUUGAUUUCAUCAAAAAAAAAAAUUGGGAAGAAGAUUAAAAAUGGGGUUUUUUAAUACAAUUUUGAGUGUUUGUGGGUUCGGAUUUGGAUCUUGUGUUGGGCUUGUAAUUGGCUACUACUUCUUCAUCUUCUUUCAGCCUACUGAUGUCAAGGACCCCGAAGUUCGUCCGUUGGCUGAGUUAGAUGCCAAGACCUUACUGAGGGUGCUUCCUGAGAUACCACUUUGGGUGAAAAACCCGGACUUUGAUCGGGUGGACUGGCUUAACAAGUUCAUACAGCAUAUGUGGCCUUAUCUAGAUAAGGCAAUUUGCAAGACUGCAAGGGAUAUAUCUAAGCCCAUUAUUGCUGAGCAAAUUCCAAAGUACAAAAUUCAGUCAGUUGAAUUCGAAACGCUUAGCUUAGGCACUCUGCCUCCUACUUUCCAAGGAAUGAAGGUAUACAGUACUGAAGAGAAAGAAUUGAUUAUGGAACCAGCAUUGAAGUGGGCAGGGAACCCUAACAUCCAUGUGACAGUCAAAGCAUUUGGAUUGAAAGCCAGUGUUCAGGUGGUCGAUUUGCAUGUGUUUGCUCAUCCACGUAUAACAUUGAAGCCUCUGGUGCCAGCUUUUCCUUGCUUUGCUAACAUAUAUGUUUCUCUUAUGGAGAAGCCUCACGUCGACUUUGGAUUAAAGCUGUUAGGUGCAGAUGCUAUGGCGAUUCCAGGCCUGUAUAGAUUUGUUCAGGAAUUAAUAAAAGAUCAGGUAGCAAACAUGUACUUGUGGCCUAAGACCCUUGUAAUACCUAUUUUGGAUCCUGGGCAGGCUAGGAAGAAACCUGUUGGAGUUUUACAUGUCAAGGUUGUGAAAGCAAUGAAUCUAAAAAAGAAGGAUAUUCUUGGAGCAUCCGACCCAUAUGUGAAGAUGAAACUUGCAGAAGACAAGAUUCCUUCAAAGAAAACUACUGUCAAGUACAAGAAUUUGAACCCCGAGUGGAAUGAAGAAUUCAGUAUGUCCGUCAGAGAUCCACAGACUCAAGUUUUAGAUGUAUCCGUCUAUGACUGGGAAAAGUUUGGCAGCCAUGAUAAGAUGGGCGUAAAUGUUGUUCCACUUAAAGAUCUUACACCAGAAGAAACGAAAGUCUUGACUUUGGAGCUCCUGAAAAGCACAGAUCCUGAUGAUGCUCGAAAUGAGAAGUCACGUGGUCAGCUUGUUCUAGAAGUUACUUACAAACCAUUUAAGGAGGAUGAGAUACCUGAUGACCCUGAAGAUUCUGGAACAGUUGAGAAGGCUCCAGAAGGAACACCUGAUGGUGGUGGUUUACUUGUGAUCACUGUCCAUCAAGCUCAAGAUGUUGAAGGAAAGCACCACACAAAUCCUUAUGUUCGUCUACUAUUAAAAGGUGAAGAAAGAAAGACUAAGAUGAUAAAGAAAAAUAGAGAUCCGAGAUGGGAAGAGGACUUUGAGUUUAUGUUGGAGGAACCGCCAACUGAUGAUAGGCUUCAUGUCGAAGUGUAUAGUGCCUCGUCCAGAAUAGGUUUACUUCAUCCAAAGGAAACUCUGGGAUAUGUUGAUAUUAACCUUGCGGAUGUGGUAAGUAAUAGAAGAAUCAAUCAAAGUUACAAUCUCAUUGACUCGAAAAAUGGCCGCAUUCAGAUUGAACUGCAGUGGAGAACAUCUUAGGACUUCGAGAUUAAAAUACUAAUCUGUAUGAAGUUCCCCUGGAUAUGGAUCAAGAUCAGUCAUCAGACCUGUUUUUGUUUCCUUGUAAAUUUUGUGUUCAUUGAAUUACUAUGUGAAAUAAAUAGUAGAGUUUGAAUUACUAUGUGAAAUAAAUAGUACAAAAUUUUCUGAA